AUAACGGCAGCAGCCGGGUCACGGGAGGCCGCAUUCCUGCCCACCCAUCCAGACAUGCUUGUAUCAAAAUGGCCCGGCUUGCCAUGCUUUGGCUACUGAAGGAAUUCUCGAGCACAUUGGAAGCAUAUAUUUUCCCCAAAAUUACCGUUUCCCUCGCUAAGUCGUCGCUAUUCAAGAACUUGACAGAUUUCUUGAUGUUGCCGAUGUUCCUAUCAGGUGUCAAGCUACUGGCAGGAUUGUCCCACCUCUGCAGUGUCUGUGACAGGAGGUGUCAUGGUUCGUUUUCAUCAUUGAAACUUACGCACACAGGACAUAGGAACAAAAACAAUCAGCUACCGAUGUGGCAUGACGUCUUUGAUGAGUUCAAGUUGCAUCUCUUCUCGGGAAGAUCGCUUAGUAUGUCGUACAGGAUAAUGAAUCGCAUAAUAUUGUUGGCAGCUGCAGCACUUAGUAACUUUGAGAUCUCAAGUUACCGGGAUUCCAUAUCACGCCAGGCGAUAUUCCUGCUGAACCUUAUCCAGCACCUUUGCCCAUCUCCCCUCCCAAUAUCCACCACUAUCGUAUCCAGUAGCGGUCAGUGGUGAACUGACGCUGACGCUAGCUCAUGAAGACGGCAAGCACGGCCUCACCGUAUUGUCUCCCGACAAACUUAUGGCUAUGGUUACUAUCAUUGCUCUGACCUGGAG